GGUCCUGCGCUGACGCUGCGCUGCGGUGUGAUCUGUGGGCUUGUCCGCGCUGCGGUGUGAUUUGCGAGCUUGCCCGCGCUGCGGUGUGAUCUGCUAGCUUGCCCGCGCUGCGGCGAGAUCUGUGGGCUUGCGCUACGCCUAUCCUGCGAAUAGUGCCUUGUUCUCACAGCUGCCGCUCGACACCAGUGCAAGCACAGCAAAUGAGGUUGCAGCAAUGUAAUCUGCUAACCUCCGAGCACUGCAGCUCCAAUCGACGCUCGGAUUGGUUGAUUUAUGUGAGAGAUCAACGCGAUUUGCCAGUCGCGUUUUUGUGUGUUGAGCUCGACUGGGGUCGGGUUUGCUUCGGCAGCACCAGGCAACGGGGAGACGCAGUUCCAUGCAUGUAAGUGAGGACGGGGAUGAUUGGGACCCGUCUUCGUCGCACCUGUCCGCAUGUGACCAGAUUCAGGGUGUGACAAGGGCCGGUGCUCUCUUGUUCUCCGCCCCACACCGCUUACAAUAAGAUGAUGUCGACGCUGCCCGCCAUCGCCGAGGACGCGCCCAGCAACGACCAGCGGUCCGCGCCCGCACCGACACUGAAACACACGGUCUCCAAGGGUUCGAUACAGGAGAUGUCGCAGCACGUCGACCCCCGGCGCCGCUCCCGCUCAUUAUCCGACGAGGCCAUCCAGAAGACCUACGAGGAGCGCUACGCGACCAAGGAGAAGGGCGACUGAGGCCAUGGAGCGCCGGGUCCUGCGCGCGGCGAGCGUCGGCGCCGCCAUGGCCGCGGACAUUUUGGUCAACUACCCGCUCUGGAUCGUCGCGAAGCGCGUCGGGGCCGGUCUCUCGGCGCUGCCGCCGCUCCACAGGUUGUACGCCGGCGGCGGCGCGCUCUGGGUGUCGAUCGCGCCGACGACCAUCAUCGAGGACGGCGUGUCCACUGUCCUAAAGCCGCGGUGUGGGGACCUCGCGGCCUCUGCCGCGUCCGGCGCGAUCGCGGGCGUCUGUGUCACGUCGCAAGUCGAGCGGUGCAUCACGGCGUCGCACGCCCGAAAUCUAUCGGUGCGAGAGACCGCCGUGGCCAUCUACCGGCGCGGCGGCGUCGCUGGUCUUGCGUGGCCACCCGGCAUGCUUGCGACGGCGUGCCGCGAAGUUCCUUUCGCCGCAGCUCUCUUCGCGGUGCGCCCGCGCCUGCGGACCAUCGCGGAGGAGCGCUACCCCACGACGCAACGGUUCCUGCGCGAGCUGUCCUGCGGCGUGGCCGCCGCCUCUGUGGCCGGUCCCGCGAGCCAUGCGCCCUCCGUCGUGGCCGCGUAUCAACAGGCCACUGGCGUGACUCCCCGCCAGGCGAUCGCCCAGAUCUAUGCAGCUGGCGGACUCAGGGAGUUCUUCCGGGGCCUGCCCGCGCGGACGGUCUCAUUAGCUGGCACGUUCACGGUCGUGCCCCUGGCGCUGGACUGGUUCGCCGUCCAGUAGCCGCUGCUUGUCUUUUGCUGUGUAGAUACUACUACUCCUGUGCUUAAAUACAGUCUUGAUCUU